GGGUAAAGAAUUAUAGGGGAAAAUAAGCUAGAGAAGGAAUGUGAGAAUGAGUUGUUUGCUACAAAAGAAUUAGUAUGAUAUAAAAGCCAUGUUUGUUUUGUCAAGAGGAAUCUGAGCUGGAACAUGAACCGAGGAAGGGGAGAGAUGUUUACUGGUCUCCUCCCGCACUCCCUCGCAGGCUGUUGUGUGCUGAUCCCUGUGGAGGGUUGUGUAACCGCCUUGACUCAUUUUCAGGGAAAAAUGGCCCCUGUAGCUGUUUUGGCUCAUCAAAGUGCUGCAUCAAGUACAAGUGAAGAAGUUCCUAAAACAUAAUGGUAUCAAACUCAAAACAUAGUUAUUUUAAUUAGGAUUUGCAAACACUGGGAGGUAAUACAGCAGGCUGCCGCUUAUGCCACCACCAACCUCCCCCUUCCCAGAAUUCUGUGUGGCAUUAGGAAUUUGGACAACCCAAUGGCCAAUUUUAUAUAUUCCUAAAAGCCAGGAAUUGUCUGAAUUAGCUAAAUAUCUAUUGAAAUUAGCUGGAGCUAUCUGCUCAGUGAAUGCCUAUGGUCCAGUUUCAUAACAAAGUGGGAGAGUGGGUUGAGGGGAAUACUGGCAUUUUGGGUAGACCAGUCUUCAUUGUGUGGGACUGCCCUGUUUAUUGGAGGAUGAUUAGCAUCCCUUUCCACUGAAUGCCAGUAGUGCCCCCAGUCUCUGUGACAGCCAGACAGGCUUCCAAAUCCCCUCCCCACCCUAGGGCAGAACGAAAACCAGUAUGUGCUUUACAGUUUUAUUAAGCAGCACGAUUUUCUUUGUUAUUGUUUGUUUUAUAUAAAGUUCUUAGUCUUAGGAAGCUGUGCCUUUAUAAUUAAUACUGGCUUCAUUCAGAAUAGAUUUCACAAAAGACACUAUUAGAAAGAUGGAUGGCAGGGAAGGACAUUGUCAGGAGAGAAAAGAAUGAGAUGGCGCUGUCUUCUUGAACUAGCCCACUAUUGUUCCUCCAGAUCCCCAGUUCUGCAGGUGGCUCUUCUUUUUCUGAGAGGCAGCGUAUGUGUCCCCAAGAGUAGAGAGGCAAGUGUAGAAGAUAGAGUAGGGGGAGAUAACAGGACAGAGGGACAAGAUUUGGAUUGGGAUAUAAAGAUGGAAGACACGGAGGUGAUGAAAGAUGGUAACAAAGAAACUGGAGAUUCCACAAGGCAUACGUUGUUAAGCUCACAAGGUCUACUGAGUGGCCAGACAUCCCCAACAAAUACCAAAUUGGAGAAAUUGGAUUCUCAACAGGUGUUACAGCUCUGCCUUCGAUAUCAGGAUCAUCUUCAUCAGUGUGCAGAGGCCGUUGCCUUUGAUCAGAAUGCUUUGGUUAAACGAAUCAAAGAGAUGGAUUUGUCUGUAGAAACUCUCUUCAGCUUCAUGCAAGAGCGCCAGAAAAGAUAUGCCAAAUACGCGGAGCAGAUCCAGAAAGUCAACGAGAUGUCAGCCAUCCUCCGCCGCAUACAGAUGGGCAUUGACCAGACUGUGCCCCUGAUGGAGCGGCUCAACAGCCUGCUGCCGGAGAGCGAAAGGUUGGAGCCCUUCAGCAUGAAACCAGAGCGAGAGCUCAGGCUCUAGAGCUGCCUCUCCCCUCCGGCCAGGCUGUUGUUCUGUGGGAACAGAGCCUGGCACCGCCAAUGCCCUGAGGACGUUGGGAACCAAAGUCCCAGGAGGUGACUGGAUCGUGAAGCUGGUUGGAGGCUCUGGGACUCCCGGAAGGGCUGUGACACGGCCCGGCUGGCCUGAAAAUCUGAGCCUGCCCCACCUAUAUCCCCUUUCCUUGAUGCGUUUUUCCCUUUGCAAAACGAACCAAAUUGAUUCUCGGUGCUAACCGAAGUUGGAGCAUUUGAAUUAUUAGGAGUUUGUUACAGAACUGUGUCGGGAAUUCUUUUUAUUUUGUUUAGAUUUUUUUUUCUUUAAUCGAGAGUGUAUAUUGUCAAGUCUAGCUUGUGGGGUAAAGCUCCAGAGAGAAGGGGAGAAAUGUUUUAAGAAGCUCUGUGUCCUUGAUGCCUUCAUGAAAUUUUACUCAGUAGGCUUUCCGUGUUAUGAAUUGUUGUAAACAUAAAGAACUAAUUUAAUCCAAG